GGUGCCCAGCGCGGCAUGGAGCGGCGCGUGGCGGAGCGUCUGCGCGGUGCCUUGGACCCCUUCGGCUUCGAGGUGCACGCCUUCAAGGUUGGAUGGUACAAUGCUGUUGUGCAGCCUGCCUUUCAUCUCCCCUACCCAGAUGACACACUGGCCUUCGUGGUACUCAGCACGCCUUCAAUGUUUGAAAAAGCCCUUAAAACUUUUGUGAACAAAGAACGGUUAAAAAUAAUCCGGGAUCCUGUGGAUCAGUGUGUUUCUUACCAUUUAUUACGGUUGAAGGAGAAAUUCCCUGACCAGACAGUGGACAUCAUGUUUGAUUACGAGCUUCUGCCAAACCGAAAGCCAAAGUUCUUGGCUCAGACAGCUGCCCACGUUUCUGGAGCUGCAUAUUACUACCAAAGGAAGGAUGUGAAGCUUGAUCCUUGGGGGGAAAAGAAGAUCUUUGGUGUAUGUAUCCAUCCCAGGUAUGGUGGCUGGUUUGCUAUCCGAGGUCUUCUCCUGUUCCCAGAUAUUCAGGUACCAUUCCUGGAGCAGUGUGCCCCUGUUGACUGUGUGAGCACAGAGGAGCAAAGGAUUGAAUUGCUGGAGCAAUUCAAUUUCCACUGGCAGGACACUCGCUACCGGGACAUAAUUGAAGUGAGGGAAAAGUAUUCAGAGGAGCAGAAAGCCUACUUUGCCACCCCUCCAGCAGAGAGAUUCAAACUGCUAGGGCUGACCCAAGAAGUCCACAGAAGCAUAUUUCACUGAGUAACACAGUUCUAUGAAGGAACAGAAGGCAAGUGAAGUGUAACUCAUCAGCAC